GGUCAGUGAGGUGUCGAGACGUGGCAACAUUGUGUUUUGCAGACUACACCAAGAUGGCUUUUCUGUGCCCAGUGAGAAUCCGUCGGAACAAGAAAAAGAAAGGGGCAGGCGGGUAUGUCUCAGAGGGGGAGGAGAAGGUGGUGCGCGCACCAGGACUCGGUCGCAUCACUGGCUCUGCUUCCAUAGAGACGCUGGUGCGAGUUGGCUUGGAGAAGGAGGCGGGCCUCUCACCGGACAGUAAGAUGGUCGUCCUCCAUGAUUUUACCCCCUGUGUUGACGAUGAGCUGGAAGUGAAGAGAGGGAGUGUAGUGAAUGUCCUUUAUCAAGAGAAUGAUUGGGUAUAUGUUAUAGCAGAGCAUGGGCAGCAGGAAGGCUUUAUACCUCAUUCAUAUUGUGCGCCGUAUGGCUCCCAACUUGGGGAGCUGACCAUGAAUCAUAAGAAAAAAAUGCCACGUGACCACAGUUCUAUAGAAGGUGGCGGGGGAGGGGUAGAUACAGACCAUAAUACAACUAUAGGUACCAUAAACUCAGGGGGAACAGAUAAUCCAGGACUAGUGGGUUCAGAUAAUGAGAGUUAUGGCGGAAAGCUAAUUGGGGGACCACCAAACAGAGCGUCAGAUUCCUCGAUUCAGAGCGGGUCGGCUACUCCAGAUAUUCAUCCUUUCUUUAAGAGUGCUACUUUGAUGCGGGAUAUUCACCCAUUCCUUAAGGACCCUGCAGGCAGAUACAUAGUCCUGUACACCUUCAUCGCACGUGACGAAAAUGACGUGAGUGUCGAGAGAGGAGAAUUUGUGACAGUCCUCAAUCGGGAAGAUCCUGAUUGGUAUUGGGUCUUGAGAUCAGAUGGCCAGGAAGGAUUCGUACCCUCAGGGUUUGUGUACCCGGCGGAUGUUAUACAAGACCACCUGGAGCAGGGUGGGGGUACUACGGGUGGCGGAGGUGGCGGUGUGAUGGGGGGCACAUUACACGCUGGGCUUGGAACGGUAGGAGGGCACCAGGUGGGCUAUGGGGCUUCGCAACAUCACAUUAACCCCGGGAACAGCGACGACCUCCGCUUCCACGGAUCGGAGCUGGUUAUGCUGUAUGACUAUAAGGCUCAAGCCCCAGAUGAUCUCUCAGUGAGACGAGGGGAUUGGAUAUAUGCCGACCUCACCAAUCAGACAGUGGAUGGUUGGUUAUGGGCAUAUGCGCCGAAGACUCGCAAAUAUGGCUUCAUACCCAAAGCAUAUGCACGUCCUCCAGCCAUGACCUCUUUAUAGGAUUGCAGCAAGUAUAAUUUUUGUUUUGUGCAACUCAAUGUGCAUGUGUGUGUCUCUCUCUUUCCACUGGGUAAGGCCAGAGCUAGGACAUUAUUAAGGGUACCCAGUGUACUAAAGGAACUAAGAUUCCUUUUGUGCAUGUGUGUCAUGUCAGUGUUACUGUCUCAGUGAUUUCUGUACUAAAGAAUGUGUUGGUCCAUGUUUGUGAAGUCAUACUAUAUGUAACUGAGAUUGUUAUUGAUUUAGAAGGGAUGUAGAGUUAUAGAUGUGAAGGCUUUCAGUUGUAUGUGUGUAUUUUUUCAUCUGUGUUUAUUUUUUUUUAAAUGUGUGUAUGCUUUUACAUAUGUUUUCUUGUCAGGUGUGUGCAUGUGUUUGCAUAUGUGUAUGCAUGUAGAUUUGUAUGUUUUUGCUAUAUUCAUUAUAUAUACACCUUUUUUUCAUAUGUUUGCCUUUUAUUGUCCUCUAUAUCCACUUUUUGAUUUGGAAUUAUAGUGCUUUAGUGUACUAUUUUGUGGAUGGAAAGUAUUGUUUGUCUGUAAGGUGUUAGAGUACAGAGAUCUAUUUGUUAUUCCAGUGUAUGUAAGGCUGUAUAGAAAUUUGUUAUUUUUGAAGUAAGCUUUACUGGUACUGAAAGAAUUUCUACCUGUUUUAGAAAAAAAAGUUUUUGUUUUGAUAGUUUUUAUGGAUAGAGACAUUUAUUUUUAUUUUCUAUUUUUGGCCUUAUAAGGGCAGGUGCCAAAUGAUUGUUUUUUUUAUUGUGUUGCUGACCAACAAACUGGAUUGUUACUCUUAAGCUUUAUUACAUAAAGAAAAAAGAGUCCUCAGAAACCUCAAGAAGGUAGUGAUGGGGACAGUUUUACUCAGAUUCUCUUCAGAAGAUUGGUUCUCUGUAACUGUAAAUGGACUGAAAAGUCAAGUGGAACAGUUUUAUUUUGUAUUUGCCAGAGCUCCUCAACCUCCUCUCCUCUCCAUCAUUGAUGUCAUUAUCUUUGGCUGAUGUCUUAAUCAAGAAAGACAAACAGACUUUUCUGACAUGCCUGUCUACCAGAAAGUUAGCAUCAUUACCUUUUGGCAUUAAUCAUUAUGGUAUUAAGCUAUAGAAAAUAUGGGCAGAUGUAUUUUAUCUCCCAAGAAAUUUUUGUUACAUUCAUGCUAGGUUGAUAUACAUUCUGUGGAAAUCACCAUUACUUCAUGUUUUCCUAUGAGUGCACUAAAGGUCUCCAUUACAGUUUAACAAUAGUUGUUUUGUCUCCUAAUCUGCUAUGAAUAGUAUCUGUCAACCCUUAAUCCAUUGGAUCUGGAUACGUGGUGGCCUGUGCAUUGACGAAGAUCCAGGCAAUAGUCUUACCUGGGUGUGUAGCUUGUAGGCCUGGCCCAUAUGAACACUCAUGUACAGUAUCAAGAUUCCUUGCCUCCUCUUUGCAAUUGUACUAUGUUUUUGGCUGUAAAAGCAUUUUUUGCAGUUUUACCAUUUUCCAAGGUCUACAUUUGUCAUUUGUUAUGUUAUGCUGUAUCAAGAUGGUAAUAGACUGUUUUCCUUAAGCAGACUCCAUAAGUAACGGUGUUAUUUGUAUCAUCUUUCUAUAUUUUUGUAUUAUUCAGUUUUGUGUAACAUACCCUGUGCUGUCAUUGUCAUGGUGGGUAGGAAUGGAAUCCUGAGCAUGGAAACACUCCUCCCUGGAGCCAGCCUCAUCUUAGGAAUAGCUCAUAUAUGUAGCAUUCCUACCUUGUUUACUGGUAGAAAUGAUGCAAGUGCAAAUCAUCCUCUAAGAUCAUUGUGCAUUCAUGAACAUUGUCCUUUCCCAUCACCUAGCCCCUUGGCCAUAUUUUUCACGAAGGCAUGUUCCUGUCACCUGGGCCCUCAGCCAGAUUUUUUUCAUGACAUGACAGUCAUGUCACUGGAUCCAGUUGGUUGAUUUAUAUAAGGAAGAAAAUGUAAGCAGGUGUUCUCAGACUAUGUACUUCUUUUAAAAUAUGUAAUUAAAUAGAUAGAAUAUAAACAAAACAUUUAGAAAAUAUUAUCUUAUCUGCCUUAUUAUUUGUACAUUUUACAUUGGAGUCUCUUGAAACUUUGAACUUAGCUUUGUGACUCCUGGUUGGGAGCAGUCUAAUAAAUCUUUGUCUAUUAUGUCGUCACAGCUCGUGCAUGAAACAAGCUCCGGGCAUUAAGCUUACUUGAGUGGCAUCUCCCCCAGGUGUGUGGCUUGUAGGCCCAGCCUACACAGACACCCAUGUGUGGUAUCAAGACUCCUUGCCUCCUCUUUGCAAUGCUAUUAUACAUAACAGUUUUUUGCUACUUGGCCAUAUUCCAAGGUUUAUAUUUGUCAUUUGUUAAGCUGUAUCAAGAUAACAGUUGACUUUUUCUUGUCAAUUUUUUUAUGGCAUUUAAAUUCCUAAAUGCCCACUGACUCAAAGCUUCCUCCAAGAACUCUGUGCACUCAUCGCACUAUGUGUCCAUCACCAGCCACUUGGUAACAAUAAGACAUGACAUGUCAUUCUGAGCAUCUUGGCCCACUGCCAAUUUUUUUCCUUGAUGUGAAGCUCACAUCUCCCAAAUCCAAUGGAGGGAUUAUAGAUGGGAGAGAUAACUGGCUAGCUAAGUAUUAGAUGGAAAUAUAUGCACUGUAGACUAUCCACUUAUGCUUUGAAGGAGCCUUGACAAAUAGUAAUUUAUGCUGUUUUAAGAGUAAUAACAAGAUAUCUUUGUCACUGUAAAUAUCCAUGAAAUGCUUUUCAGGAGGAGCAGCAGCAAAUGCUGUAAGAAUUUAUGUUUGAACACAAAUUUUUGUUGCCAUAUUUUGUUUUGCUUUCAACAAGAUAUUGCAUAUAUUUUCUUUAAAAUAUUUGUUUGUGUAAUGUGCUUUUUGUCUUGAGCAUUUUCAAAGUGCCUUAAAUACCAAUGAUAUUAUCAGUUGACUUGUAAUAUGUAGAUUUCAGUGGUAUUAUUCAUUUUAUAGAUGCUAUUGGAGGCAUUGUUGAUAGUGUUUUAAUUUGAAUGUUUCUUACAUGGCAGUUAUUGUUAAAUAAGAUAGAAUUACAAGGCUUGCCAUAAGUGAAAUGUGUGUAUAUAUGUAUGUUCUGUAGAAACAGAGGAGGUAAUAUGUAUUUUUCUGCAUUCUUAUGAUUAAGAUUCCAUAUAUUUUUGUGUAUUUCAUGAUAAAAGUGCUGCAAUUGUAAAUAUUGCUAUAUAGUAGACUUCUUGUAAACCAGAAUUUUUUCUUUAUAUUUCAGUUUUAAAGAUUUACACAUUCAAUGGAUCACUUGAUAUGGAACUGUCCUGAUGCAUAAUGUAGAGAUUUAGCCAAUAAGCUGAAAGAUGAGAUGAGUGUUGUUAUCACACGCAAAUUUUAUUCAGUAAAUUUAGAGUCAUUAUACUGAAGAAAGGCUGUUAGAGUGUGCAUUCUUUGCUAUAUAUGUACAUAUCUUGUCUUUUUAGUGUAUGAAUUAGUAUUCAUUUUUUUACUUUACCACAAGUUAUAUGAUCAAAGGUAUGUUAUAUUCCUAAAUUAUUAGUUCUUGGCUUAUUUGAGAUGGCUGAACUUGGGUUAAAAUGGAUAUCAUAUUCCAUGAUUUUAACUUGGUUGUUUCAGUUGGCAUGAUGAGCAAGAAAUAAUAGGUGCAUGGGAUAGGGUUGAAAGGCUUGGAUUUGAGUGCCAGAUAUUGUGGCAUUAUGUGACCCUCUUUCACUCACUUUUUUAAAGACUUCCCACUACUAAGAUAUAUAGAAAAUGUUAUUACAGCCAUUAUCUGCAAAUGAAAUAUGUUAUAAGGUAGAAUACUUUUGAUAGGAGAAGAGUUACAUCAGUAUUGGCAAAAAAAAAAAAAAAAUAAAUAAACAUCAGGUUAUUCAUGUAAUAUUGCAUAAUGACCUCCUGUAAAGAUCUGAGAGAAAGAGGGCAGUUCUUUACCUACAUACCUCAGUUUUUUUUUUCUGGAAAAUAAUGUAUUACAGAAACCUGCCUCUGUUAAUUUUGUUCAUUUGGGAUCAGAAAUAAGCUUUAUGUAUUUAUUAAAGCUCAAGACCUAAUGUGGGAGGUAAGGGGACAGGAUUAAUGCUAUAGUGUAAUAUGAUACCAUUUGAGGCUUCAAUUGGCCAGAAUUUUUUAUUUAGAUUGGAAGCCUAGGAAUUAGCAGAAUCAUCAAAUGAGGCUGAGGGGAGGAAUUGGACAUUGGGGCUACUCCCAUAUAGAUGGAAUGUCAUAGAUUUCAGGACCAUCGUUUUAGAGACAGGUGGGAAUAUGAGAAGAAAUUGGGGAACUUCAUCUUAUGUGGAUUCUGGAGUAGUUAUUCACACAAACUUUUGAUUUAUUAUAAAGGUUUUUAGAAGUCAUCAUGAGGUUUUCCUUUUUUUUUCCUUCUUUUUCCCUUCAUAUCUUCUUUUUUCUUUCUUUUCCCUUCCAUGAUUUUUUCUUAUUAUUCCUUUUCUAUGAAAUUUUGACAGUGCUGUCAGACUAUAUACAUUAAAAGAGGGGUUAUUAUUUUAUUGAGGUAAUACUAUUUAUUGAGGUAAUACUAUAUCAGGGUCCACAUUAUAUUCUCUCUUCAUUAUUAUGUCACAAGUUUUAAAAGUAAUAUUGCUUUAAUUUUGCACAAUGUCCAAAAAUGAGUAUUCUCACGUAACUGGAGAGGUGUCUUGUAUUAUAGGUUUAAUGUCACUUCCUUGUUGCCAAAGCAGUUUAUAUUCUGUAUUCUGACUUUCCUGCUCUUGUAGUUAAAUAUAUUGAUUAUCUUUUAUAUUUUUCCAAUAACUUUAUAUUUAACAGUCAUUUUUUGUGGAAAAAAAUCUGUUAUGAUGCCCAUAAGUAAUUGUUUUCCCUUUUUUUUUCUUUUUUAAGUGUAAGUGAGUGUGUGUGCAUGUGUGUAUGCGUGCAUAUAUCUACAUGCACAAGCAAAAAUGUGUGUGUGUGUUUGCAUAUAUUUUUGUUUGUGUUUUUGUUUUCUUUUCUUUGGUUUACAUGCUUGUAUGCACAUUCCUCCAGAUUAUUUGAUAUAAUCUAUAACAUUACUGGAAUUCAUUAAAAAGAACAUUCUGUGUUUCAAAUUCUGUUCUUUAUUGUUAACAUGUGACUCAUAACUUGGUCUCUAUUUUCCUAUGUGGAUGUAACAUAAAAAUGUGUAUCAUUGUGAUGGAUGAUAGGAUAGUGUUUUUUUUAUUUUAUUUAUGUUCUAAGGUGGCUCAUGUUUCAUACUUUUUUGUUCUUACAGUAUUUAUUAAGUUUGUUGUGAAUGUUUUCAAUAUUUAUUUUACCUUUAAUUUAAUAGUUUGUUUCAUGACUACUGACAAUGUUUUUUUUUUCUGUUUUUUUUAAUUCAUCACAGUAUCAUUGCUCAUAUAAUAAUUUCCACUUUGUAUAUACUUUUUAUCAUUGAAAUACAUUACUACUAUA